AAGAAGCAGAACGAAGAGUUAGAUGUGAUCCGAAAGAAUGGCACCAAAAAUAAAAGAGUGAGUCUUCAGGCACUCAAACGUAAGAAGAGAAUCGAUAAACAAUUGGAACAAAUCGACGGGACGCUCACAACCAUUGAGUAUCAACGCGAGGCCCUCGAGAACGCCAACACCAACACUGAAGUGCUUAAGAUCAUGGGUCACGCGGCCAAAGCUCUUAAGCAAACGCAUAACAACAUGGAUAUCGAUAAGGUGGAAGACCUGAUGGACGAAGUGAGGGAACAGCAACAGAUCGCAGAGGAGAUCAGUCAAGUGAUCUCUAAUCCCAUUGGCUUCGGUCAGGAGGUCGAUGAGGACGACUUACUUAAGGAGUUGGAAGAGAUGGAACAGGAAGAGCUCGACAAACAACUGUUGGACACAACACCCGAACACCUGCCAGAAGUGCCCGCAGAAGUGCCGGUGGCGGCGCCCCGUACAAAAGCAAAAGAAAAGGAAGAGUCGGAUGAGUUGAAAGAGUUGGNGAGUUGAAAGAGACAUCACUUAUAUUAUAAGAUAUUAUAUAUACAGUAAAUAUUAAAUUUAUAAUUAUAAUU